AUGUAAAUUUCCGUAAGAAAGUUGUCGUAAAUUGUUGUCUUCAUCGACUUUAUGCUAAUUUAAAUAUCAUUCUCAAUCAAGUACAAAGCCUCUAUAGGCAAAGAAAUAGUCGAUGAAAUAAAAAGCUCAUAAGAUUUGUGGACACCUAUGAAUCCAGUAGAUAAUCCGCUUAAAUAGAGUGACUACACUGGGUUAUUUGGAUUAUAAAGUAGAGCACCAAGUUUAUUUUUCAACAAUUAUUAUAAACCUCCAUCAGGAGGAGUUGAACCAAUUCCUAAAAAUUAUGAUGCAAGGAAAAUUUAUAAACAGUGUCAACAUCCAGUAGUAAAUCAAUUCAAAUGUGCAGCUUGCUGGGCUUUUUCCAUCUCAACAGUUGUUAGUGAAAGAUUUUGCAUUGAGACUAAAGACCCACCUCCAAACGCAACUUACAACUUUACAUCAGUUGUGUUAUCUAAACAACACAUGAUAUCAUGUGUCUAUCCAAAGUAAUUCGGAUGUGUUAGUGGUGUCAUAGAUACCGCUUUUCAAUUCAUGGAAAAAUAAGGAAUAGUUUCAGAGGACUGCUUUCCAUACUCUUCAUAACUCGGACCAAAUUAAACCAUAGAAACUUGCAAAAACAAAUGCAUAAAUUUAAAUGACCCAUUUACUCGUUACAGGUGUAAGCCAGGUACCUCUAAAGUAGCGAAAGGAGAUGAUGAUAUCAGAAGUAUGCUUUUGAAAAAAGGUUCAGUGUUCAUAACAUUCGAUGUCUACUAGGAUUUCUUAAACUAUGGCAAAGGCUAUUUCAAGCACACUACUGGGGAUUUGCUUGGUUAUCACGCUGUUAAGCUAGUUGGAUGGGGUUAUGACUGGUUUAGAGAUAUUACAUAUUAUAUAUGCUAAAAUUCAUGGGGAACUGAAUGGGGAUAAAGAGGAUUCUUCAAUAUUGUUGUUGGAGAUAGCAAUAGUUCUUAAUAUGGAUACACAUGUGAUCCUUUGAUUUGA